AUGAGUGUAAACGAUGCAACAAAUGUUGGUGCCGAGGUCAGCUCUAGCCAAAACGAUAUCUUCCAAGCCCUUAGACAGAUUAUGGAUAGGCAAAGGGCAAGAGCUAGAGUACAUGAAGAAGAAUCGGAUUAUGACGAGCCGCAAAGGCUUAGAGCCCCUAGACCGAGACGUAGAAUAGAGGAUGAGGAUUCUGAUCGUGAUGAGCUACCUAUUAGACGAGCGUUACCGAGAGAGAGGAAUAGGGAGAACCGUAGAUACGAUGACCCCGACUUAGAUGAACCUUACCGAGCCCAACCCCGAGCUCAUCGAGGACAAAAUGAGCUUAAGCUUAAACUUCCUCUUUUCUUAGGAAAGGUAGACCCCGAGGCAUAUCUAGAUUGGGAGCGACGGAUGGAUAACAUUUACGAAUGUUAUUCAUAUUCGGAGCGUAAAAAGGUACAAUAUGCUGCCGCCCAACUAGCCGAGAAUGCUCUAACGUGGUGGGACCGUGAGGUAGCCGAACGUCGACGAGGACAUUACGCUCAGGUUGAAACGUGGUGUGAGAUGAAGAAUCUCAUGCGAAAGCGUUUUGUUCCACCUCACUUCCAUAGAGACCUUCAAAGAAGGUAUCGACGUCUAGCCCAAGGGACUAGGUCGGUGGAAGAAUUUUUCGAGGAAUUCGAACAUAUUAGGAGCCGACUCGAGCUGGACGAAGAUGAGGAAACGGUGAUGGCCCAGUUCGUAGAUGGACUGCAAGAAAAGAUUGCUCGAAAAGUUGAGCGCCAUCUGUACCGUGACCUUCAAGAUCUUGUACACUUAGCCGUGCAGAUCGAGCAACAAGAAAAGCGAAAGAACGCUAGGCUUAGUAAGACUCGAGCAUACCCUACCGGAAACUCCACUAUGACCAGACCCUCCCCACCUCUUAGACGAGAGAACCCUGAGAGUAGAGGUCCCCAAGAAGCACGGGAUAAAGGAAAGGCCACCGAAAUUUCCCGAGCAAAACCCUCUAGUGAAAUGCCUCGUGACACUAAGACCCGCGAAAUCAUGUGUUACAAAUGUCGAGGUAGAGGUCACAUAGCUCGUGAAUGCCCAAACUCUCGAGUAAUGAUUAUUACGGACAAAAAAGAGUACGAGUCUAUGGAUGAGGAAGAGAAUAGGGAACUUGAAGAGGAGAUCGAGUAUCCGGAUAGCGGAGAGUUAUUAGUCACAAGGCGAGUGCUUAGUACGUUAGCUAACCUGGACGAAACGGCCCAAAGAGAAACCAUCUUUCAUACUCGCUGUACCGUCCAAGGAAAGGUAUGCGGUAUGAUUAUAGACAGCGGGUCUUGCACAAACGUUGCUAGUGCAUAUAUGGUCAAGAAAUUAGGACUAGUAGCCGAGAAGCAUCCCCACCCGUACAAACUUCAAUGGCUAAACAACCAAGGGGAAAUUAAAGUGACUGAAAGGGUCAAGAUUCCGUUUAGCAUAGGAAGGUAUCAAGAUGAAGUGCUUUGCGAUAUAGUACCUAUGCAAGCCGGCCACAUACUUUUAGGAAGGCCCUGGCAAUUUGAUAGAGAGGUGACACAUGACGGACGAGCCAACCAAUAUUCUUUUGUUCAUAACAAAAAGAAGGUUGUGCUAGCACCUCUUAGUCCAUCUCAAGUGCAUGAGAUGCAGCUCAAACUAGCUAAGGAAAGUGAGCCAAAGAAGGCUAAUUUCUAUCUCAAAGCUAGUCAAGUCGGUAAGGCUAUUCGACAAGAACGAAAUGUCCUUCUCUUAGUCUUCAAGGACCUCAUGAGCAUAAGGACUGAAACAUCUCAUGAUAGCCCUUCUAUAAGCCGACUUCUUGAGCAGUUCAAGGACAUUUUCCCCGAUGAGAUACCGGUUGGGCUUCCACCGAUACGAGAGAUAGAGCACCAAAUUGAUCUCGUACCCGGUGCACCUUUGCCUAACCGACCAGCCUAUAGGAUGAACCCCGAAGAAACUAUGGAGCUCGAAAAACAAAUCCAAGAGUUUAUGAGCAAAGUUUACAUCCGAGAAAGCCUUAGUCCAUGUGCGGUUCCGGUGCUUUUAGUACCAAAGAAAGAUGGGACUUGGCGCAUGUGUGUGGAUUGCCGAGCGAUAAACAACAUAACGGUUAAAUAUAGGCAUCCCAUACCUAGGCUAGAUGACAUGCUUGAUGAAUUGAGUGGAGCCACGGUCUUUUCAAAGAUCGAUUUAAAGAGUGGUUACCAUCAAGUACGGAUGAGAGAGGGCGACAAAUGGAAAAUCGCCUUCAAGACCAAACAAGGUCUUUAUAAGUGGCUUGUUAUGCCAUUCGGUCUAACUAAUGCCCCGAGCACAUUUAUGAGACUCAUGAACCAUGUCUUGAGAGCCUUCAUAGGAAAGUUCGUGGUGGUGUACUUUGACGACAUCCUCAUUUAUAGUCGAAGUGAAGAGGACCAUGUCUCCCACCUUGAACAAGUAUUGACCACACUUAGAAGAGAAAACCUAUAUGCGAACUUAAAGAAAUGUUCGUUCUGUACGGACGAGAUAAUAUUCUUAGGUUUUGUGGUCAGUUCGAGAGAGCUGAGAGUUGACGAAGAAAAGAUAAAAGCCAUUAGGGAUUGGCCGACUCCUACCACGAUAGGACAAGUGCGUAGCUUUCACGGCUUGGCUAGUUUCUAUCGUCGAUUCGUGCGAGAUUUUAGUAGUAUAGCAGCUCCCCUUACCGCGGUCAUAAAGAAGGACGUGACAUUUGAAUGGUGA